AUGAGCAACACCGUCGAUCUGCUUAGUAGCCUAAUUCUGAGGUUCAUUGAAUUCACGUUACCAGCGAUUCAUGAAUGGAACGAAGAUAUCGAGGACGGCAAUGCAGAUGACGAUCAUCAACAAGAGGACGAAUCCGAUGAUGACAGCGUAUCAGAGCAACUGGAGAAAAUUAAGCCGGCUGAAGCAGUUGAAAUAUUCAACAAAGCGUUGAUAUGGGCUGGGGGAGCCUGUUAUCCCUAG